UGUAAACAUUAAUUUAGUUCAUAGCUAGCAAACCUACUCGAUGCAUAUGUAAGUACACAACUUGUCAACAUGGCUACAAAGAAGGAGACGACGAACUUCGAUGAUUUUGACCCCGAGCGUUACAUGAAAGACUAUUACGAUGACGCGUCGUGGUUGUACAUGGAAGGAGAAGAUCUACCGUUUGCCUUUAAUGAACUGCAUCGCGCCUUCUCCUCAUUUCAAUUGAAGGGUAAUCGUCUCCUAGACAUCGGAACUGGACCGUCAAUUCAUUCGAUCAUCAGCGCAUCCAGCCACGUGGACGAGAUAUAUCUGAGCGAUUAUUCUCCCAAAAAUCGUAAAUAUCUACAGAAAUGGAAGGAAGGGGACAUCAACUUCAACGAAGGGAUGAUUAAAUAUUUACUUCGACUAGAAGGAAGCAAGACUACUGCGGCUGACAGGCAGAAACAGAUGAGGAUUAAGGUCAAAGACAUUUUCCAUAUAGACAUCAAAACAGAACAACCUCUUGGAUCUAACAAUAUUGAAAAGUUCGAUAUCAUCACUUCCAGUUAUUGCUUAGAGGCAGUCACUCACAGCCUCAACGAGUUCCACGCAUGCAUACACAACAUUGCGUCUCUACUCAAGAUAAACGGCCACAUAAUUGUGGCUGGCGAACUUGAAGCCUCGCGUUAUGUUGUUGGAGAUUACAAAUUUAAAUGUGUAGCUGUAUCCCAGUCUGAUGUGUACAAUAGUUUUGAGCAAGCUGGUUUUCGUAUCGAGUCGUUUAGAGAAAUGUCAGCCCCUAAUCCUGGCAAAGACCUGCUUUCUGACUUCAAAGGUGCGUACGUCAUGGUGGCAAAGAAAGUACGCUAAAGUUAAGUAGGCGUGGACGACACACGACAAAUAUGGGAUAGGAUAGUAAACGACUUUGGAAUCAAUUAACACUAUAUAACCAUAAAACCAGGACAAUGAGGAAGAUUAGCAAGUGGCUUAACAUGUAUUUUAUCCUCAACAAAGAAUGUCUAUUAUUCUUAUUAUCAUAAACUACCACAAAGGCGUUUUCAUAAAGAGUUUAAACCAUGAAUGUAUGUUGUCCCAUUGCUUUCAUUAGACAGUGUAUUCAGUUGAAGCUUGCAAGAAAAGGUUUCCGGUGCACUGCAUCAUAACACGGUAUUGUAUAAUAAUAUGACUAGCUCCGUUCAGAAUCUUGUUGUUCAUAGGUUUGGUUAGCUUAAACGAUUCGUUAAUGUAUGUGAUCAAAAUCCGUUUUAUGGGAAAUAUCAGAAAAUUUUCAAAGAGUUGAUUUUUUUCGUCUUUGGAGUACGCAUGCAUCAUUGUUUGAAAUUUUUCUGUUUUCAUGAAUAUACUUUAACAAGUUAAUUUUAUCAAAUGGUAGUUAAGCUAACUGGGCUUUGAACACUGAACUCUGUAGCUGCAACAUUUUAAACCAAAACAAAAUAAAGAGUGAUGUACA